CAGAAGAGGUAAAAUUGUUGACAUUUCACAUGACUGCGACAAAUCUAAUGAAAUAAAUAAUGUUAAUUGGGCAAUUUUCUUAUUCGUUAAUCGAAAAAGCGAUAAGCCAAAUCUCUGAGGGCAAGAUAAGGGAGGUAACUGAACUAAAAACCGCAUUGUACAUGCAUCGUCAACUCCAAUAAGAUCUGAAAUUAGACCUAAAUGAAUUUAUUGAUUUUUUCGAAUAAGUGUAGGUGGUAAACGCGGAGCAAAAUCCAGAUUUCUGGACCGAUUUAUGCAAUCACGAUUAUCAGUCGUUGAAAUGGAGGAUCCCACAGACGUAAUCGGUUCAUCUGGACCGGCCGUUGACAACCUAUAUCCUGCCCUAACGCAAUGUUUCGCAGUUAUUCUAUGCGGGUACUUUGCGGGUCGUAUGAAUUGGGUUUCCGAAACCGAAGUGAAGGGCAUGAACAUGUUUGUUGGAACCUUUUCCUUGCCAAGUUUGAUAUUUAUGUCUCUAGUCAAGUUAGACCUCAGUUCAGUUAACUGGACAUUUCUUCUAUCGAUAUUUGUAUCGAAAAGUAUUGUGUUUUUCACCGUUCUAGCCAUAACUUUGUUAGUAUUGAGACCGAUAAAUUUGGGAAGAGCUGGAAUAUUCGCGAUUUUCUGUACUCAAAGUAAUGAUUUCGCUAUCGGUUAUCCCUUGGUUGAAGCGGUUUAUAAGAGCACUCAUCCAGAUUACGUAUCUUACCUGUAUUUGGUAGCGCCGAUCAAUUUGGCCAUAUUGAACCCCAUAGCUUUCAUCCUGAUGGAAAUCGGCCAGAAGAGACAGUCGCAAUCCAGACAGCCAUUGUUGAGUUAUGGAGAAGUUUCUGAAAAUUCGACAAAUGGUGAAAAAUUCAAGAUGGUCAUAACGGUUGUAAAGAACAUUUUCCUGAAUCCGAUAGUGUUUAUGACGAUUCUGGGAGUGCUCGGGAAUGUAACAAUGAAGAAUAAUGUUCCGAUGUACAUUGCCAACAUCUUAGAUACUUUGGGCUCUGCUUUUGCUGCUAGUGCAUUAUUCUUGUUAGGUGUAAGAAUGGUAGGAAAAGUUCAUACUCUCAGGGGUGCCACUCUUGUUGUACCUGGAAUUUUAAUAAUGGUGAAAUUAUUGGUCAUGCCGUUGGUCACUAGAGAAGUCGUCAGCAUUUUGAAUGCCGGUUAUAACACUACGGAAACCGUGGAUCUGAGCACUUUUGGAUUUCUGUACGGUACUUUCCCAUCUGCCCCCGCAGUAUUCGUGUUCGCAACUCAAUACGCUCUAGAUAUUGACCUUAUUGCGAGCUCUAUGGUUGCCUGUACUUUCCUCAGUGCUCCCCUCAUGUUCAUCUCGGCCAAGAUGAUAACAGUAACAAGUACUGAUCCCUCGGAUUAUAUAAAACAGUUGGAUUCUUUCACCUUCGAUAUAAGUAUCAUCGGAAGUGUUGCGUGUACUUGGGUGCUUGUGGUCUUUGCAUUGACCAGAAAGAUGAAUAAGAUACCGCACAAGAUUACCGCCUUUCUGCUGAUAUCACAGCUUAUCAGCUGUUUUGGGGCCUUGUUAUGGAAUAUACUGAAGGUCACGGAUGGUUGGCCUGGUUACUCCUUGUUUGCUAUUUUCAUAGUGGGCGUCUACAGCACCAGAUUAUGGACGAGCAUUUUGGCCAUAACCUUACUUUUCCUGCAAUGUAGAAGUCUGUGUUUCGUUGUUAAACUGAUACCGCUCUUUAUAUUUAUCGGGUUUGGAAUCCCAGUGAUAUUGGCUGGGAUCAUGGUUGCCCUCAACAAAUAUCCGGAGAUUUCAUUCGAUAAAUCUAACCCCAAUUUUGUUUACGGAAGAUUCGAAGCCAUAGUCUCAGUGACUUUGCUGGUGUUAUGCUUCAUUGUUUCUAGCGGAUGUCUCAUCCUGCACCAGCGAUAUCACAGAAGAUUCUUAGGGUACACCGAUGUGAUCAGAGACUCGUCAGACAGAGACAGCGGGAACGGCUCUGCCAAUACCACUCAGCAAUCUCUGGUUACCAGUGGUGACAAUCACAUAACCGCAGCUGGAAGCAGUUCGGAAAGUGGCAACCACUGCAACGGCCUGCCUACCAUCAACGAGGGUCUUUGCGAAGAAAGCCCAGUGGAGAUCGAAGAUCUCUUCGAGAGGUCCUCCAGGACUUCGUACGUUAUGUGUCCGUCUGGUUUCGGGUGUCAGAACAGGAAGAAGGAUACCUGCCAGAACCUCCUCCAAAAAUAUCAAACCCAAGUGGACGAGAAUUCGGAAAUGAUCGAGGAAGAAUUCAACAUUAAUCACGACCCCCAAAUCUUGAGACACAUGGUCUUGCUGAUUUUACUCCUAUGUUCGAUGUUUGUGGGGCUUGCACUUUGCGUUUGGACCCUGUUCAUGAAACAGAGCAAAAUGUCCGGAAUUUACGUGGAAUUGUCGUUCUUGGAUGCCACCCUCAAUCUGGGUCAAAGCAUCAUUAUUUUCGGCAUAUUUGGUCUCAAUACGAGCGAGAUUGCGAUCCCUUGGAUAGCUAAACAUUGCAGGCAAAUCUGGUAUGGGGCCGAUACCUUGAAUCUACCAGCGUGGUCGGAAUUGAGCAACGACACCAAACAGAUCUGCGAACAAUUCGUCACUCACCAUUUGCAAAAUUGCAAGGCCGCUAUUGCUUCAGAUAAAAGAUGGCGCAUCAAAAUAUACAGGGAUGUCUUCACCGGCCACCUAUUGGUGGACUGGCUGAUUAAUAUUGGUCUUGCGAGAGAUAGAGGUGAGGCAGUGAAUUAUGCACGCCAUCUAGUGGAAGGGAGGGUACUGAGACAUAUUAACAGCGUGUAUCAUUUCUAUGAUAGGAAUUUGUUGUAUACUUUCGUCUGAAUUGCACAAAAUGAGCGGGAUGAGAGAAUUUUUUCGGUCUGUACCUUGAAUUUUACAUGGCUCAGAUUUUAUUCGGUUGAUUUAUUUCGAUAUGGAACAGACUGAGUAAAAAACAAGCCAAACUUGCUUUUCGACUGAAUCUUGUGAUCUAAAGUGGAAAACAGAUUAUAUAAAGGUGAAGGCCAAAUUGAACGAUAAUUAAA